AUGAUCGCUGGUUGCCUGACAGCUGUAUUUUUAACUUCGCAUAGUGGAGGAUCAUCGUCAUCAGUUGACUCUUCCACUACAACAGUGCCAUCCGCUUCGAGUAUUGCGACGACUCUUACUACGACAACGGGGAGCACCACAACGACAGUCAUGGUACCAUCUUCCGUUUUGAACAAUACAUGCACUGCAAUUAUGAGCGGUACUAUCACGACCCUAGUGUACCUUUCAGAUGUAGCCAUAUUUCCUUAUACAUACUUUCAAUACUUAUAUGUAGCUACAUCAACAAGUACAACAAUGAUGCUAGCUCUACGUCAGGAUCCUAGUUAUUGGUGUCUAGAUGACAUUUCAGUCACUAACAACAGUUCACAACUGUGGCAAGAUGGUGGUUUUGAACAGAGUCCAUUGACUCAAUAUUAUGCUUACUGUAACCCGAACGGAGCUUCUGCCAGUGGUAGCAUAUCGGCGACAUGUACCCAUUCAGGCAGCUAUAGUUUCUAUGAUGGUUCAGUAGGAUAUUCAGAUUACCUCAGCCAAACAUUCACAACAGUGGUCGGUUCCACAUAUAACAUCACUUUUUGGCUGCAGAGCAUGGGUGGACCUGCGAAUAGCUUCCUCGUUAUCAUAGGUUGA